AGAACUAAAACCAUAUCUCUACCUGUGUGGUUUUUAGUUCUGCUUUAGUUUUAUAUGGAGGACUACAGGUGAACAGAACAAAAUGAGAUCAAAAUAGGCUGACUGUUUCUUAGAAAAUGUAAUGUCUCUUUAUCUGCAGGAAAUCAAAGAAAAAGCUGACUAUGUUAAUGCACCAGCAUGCACUGUGGAUAAAGUAGCAGCCCCUCCAGAGGAAAUCAUAGAAGAAGCUAGCUAUGUUAAUGUACCAGCAUGCACUGUGGAUAAAGUGGCAGCCCCUCAAGACCAGAGGUCUCUCUUCUUCACUCAGUCUUUUCCACUGAUAGCAGUGUGUUGGCUGAUACUGUUAGUCAUCAUGGGCCUUCGUAUCCACUUUACUUCUGUCAUUUCUGAAAACGACACCAAGCUGACUGCAGUAAACCAGCAGCUGGAACUGAGCACUGAAUUUACCAAGACACGAGACUCUGGCGACACAAAUGAGAGGGACUACGUGAUUGACAGCAGUACAAACUGGAAUAAACUCAACGUCAGUCGAGCUCAGUGGAGCAUUGAUGCCUACUGCCCCAAAACAGAUAAAGUGAGACAGUGUAAAGGUUGUCAGAAUGGCUGGAUACUCAGUGGGUCUAACUGCUAUGGGUAUAAUAACGCUGAUCCUCCUGAUCAGAAAACCUGGGAAGAAGCUCGAGAAGACUGUAGAGGAAAGAGUUCAGAUUUGGUUGUUGUACAUAAUGAAGAGGAAAAGACUGUUCUCAAUAAAUACAGCGUGGGUAGUUCAGGAACUGAUGGAUACUGGUUUGGCCUGAGAGCUGAAGGUGGGAGAUGGAAGUGGAUUGAUGGAAGUAAUCUGACUGAAAGCUACUGGACACCACAACCUCCUCCUACUGCUACUGAUGGUCAGUGUGUAAUGUCUGUCCAGAACGUAGGAUGGAGAUCAGUGAGCUGUACUGAGAAAAAACAAUGGAUCUGCGAAAAGAAGGCUUUAUCUGUUUAAACACUGCAGUC